UUCACUGUGUUUUUCAGUGGGGGCCAGUGCCAUCCGCAGCCCCGGUUUGUCAUUAUACACACAUAACUUAGUUUGGUAACAAAUUAACAGCUCCUCGCUUUAGUUUGGGAUUUAUCCUGAGUACACACGUCUCUCCGCGGAUGUUUCCAUUUCCUGUGCCUUAAAUCUGUUUUUAUUCUACUUCUUUUCUCUACUGGGAAGCCACGGGACAUGUCGAGGGUCCUUCCACCCGAAGCCUCCCCACAGGCUGGGAUCCCGCAGACGCGCUGUGACACCAAGCAAGAAUACGCUUGUGGACAUCACUAAAGCUGCCAAGAGGAGGACGACUUCCUUGUAUUUUCCCACUGAACUGAUCUCUAACCUUACCUAAGGUGACACCGUGGGCCGGACUGCUGUGAGAUUAUUCGUUUUACCACCUGUAAAACACCACAUGCCACCAUGCAGACUUCAUCACUUCGCCGCUCGAUGAAAAACAUGGUAAACAACUACACGGAGGCUGAGAUCAAGGUCCGAGAGGCCACCUCCAAUGACCCUUGGGGACCGUCCAGCUCGCUAAUGUCUGAAAUAGCAGACCUGACGUUUAAUGUAGUAGCUUUCACCGAGGUUAUGGGUAUGAUCUGGAAGCGCCUCAAUGAUCACGGUAAAAACUGGCGCCAUGUUUAUAAGGCACUGACACUGCUAGACUACCUGAUCAAAUCAGGCUCUGAGCGUGUGGCCAGGGAGUGCCGGGAGAACAUAUACACCAUCCAGACACUGAGAGACUUCCAGUACAUAGAUCGGGAUGGACAUGACCAAGGUGUCAAUGUCCGAGAGAAGGCCAAGCAACUGGUUUCUCUGUUGAAGGAUGAGGAAAAGCUGAAGAGGGAUAGGAGCCUGGCACUGAAGACCAAGAUGCGAAUGUCCGGGGGUACUAGCAGCUUAAACUCUGGAUCCCUGCCUCCUCCAUACCCGGGACGGCGCACCAGCCAGCCUAGUUCUGCAGGGGUCUACGGGGAUGAUUUUGGCAGGUGCAGAGGCUCACCAUCUUCCUUUCACUCCUCGUCUUCUUCUCCUCGACUGGCUCCAGACCUGGAGCAAGCUCGGCCUGCUACCACUGGAGAAGAGGAACUGCAACUGCAGCUGGCCCUGGCUAUGAGCCGAGAAGAAAGUGAAAAGCCACCUCCCCGAAUGGAUAUUGAUGAGCAGACCCAGCUCCAGAUCGCUAUGAAUCUCAGCAAAGAGGAGGUCCAGAAGCCAGUUCACCGUGCACCUGCCACACUGGAUAUGGAUGAGGAAACCCAGCUCCAGUUAGCCCUGAGCCUCAGCAAGGAGGAGCACCACCAGGAGCAACUCAGUCGCCAAGGAGACGAGUCAAUGCUGCGGAAGGCUUUGGAGGAGAGCAAACGUGAGAUGGAGUCUAAAGGCGCGACUUCCUUCAUGGACCUGGUAGAUGUUUUUGCAGUGCCUCCUAGUGACCAUCGCUGGAAUAACAUCUCACACCAGGCAGCAGCUAGCCACCAGGGCAGAGACCCCUGGGACUCCCUUGAAGGCAGCGGCAAUCAUUCAAGAGCAGAUUCUCCCUGGAUGGUACCACCAACUUCAAGCAGCCCUCCACCUCCAUGGGAGCCUCCAACCGACCCCUGGGAUGCCCCGCCAAACCAUGUCUCCAACCCCAGUGUCACAGGCCGAGUAUUGUCCUACCCUGCAAACACAGGAACUGAUCCAUUCUCAGCCCCAUCAGAAACCACACUCAGGGGACCUAUCAAAGAACCUUCUCCAAGAACCGGAAGCCCGUCAGAUGGAGAUUUGUUUGAUGAGGCCAUGGAUGGAGGUCAUAUCAACGGCCAAGAGGAGGAUAGUCUAGAGCUCUUUGACCUGUCGCACCUUAGGGAAAGCCUGGCUGCCUCUAGCAAUCGUACAUGCCAGACACCUGAGUCAUUCCUGGACCCUGCAGCAGCUUCCUUGGUAAACCUGGACAGCCUGAUUCCAGCAAAUCCCCCACCCAAGACCAAGAACCCCUUUUUAUCAGGCCUGAGUGCUCCUUCACCCACCAAUCCAUUCCAAAGUGAGCAGUCCAAACUAACUCUGAAUCAAAUGGGCUCCAGCUCCACCUCUUCGGCUCCUCUCACUUCAAUUCCAUGCAGUGCCUCCUUGCCCCUGCCUAUGAGCCAUGAGCCCACCAACCUCCCUUUGUCCCUUACUCACCCCACCCAGCCUGGUCUGGACCUGCCAGGGAACCUCCCUGAGCCCUUGUUGCCCUUCUCAUCAGCCAGCACUCAGGGCCCACAAGCUGCACAGAGCAGCCAGAACCCUUUCUUGUGAGGGCCAAUUGAACUGGAGAAAUUAGCUUAGAGAAAGGGGAAUGCCAUUAGGUAAUGUUCUUAACAUGAUCACUCCAAUUACAGAUCAAACAGCAGUCCUGAGGACUUGUGUGAAAACUCCUUAUUCCUAUGUGUUUUUAUAUUGUGGUCUAAAACAGUAACUCUUGGACUGAUGCAAGCUGGUUCUGCUCUUCACUAUUCAGCUCCUGUUGUCACAAAUACAGUAACAAGGUAUAAAUGAGGUAACACCUUUGUAUCACAAAAUGUUAAUGUCAAAAAGACAUAACCUGUUGCUAAAUGAAUUCAGAUGCAAAACUAUAGAAAAGCACAGUUUGAUAAUCAUGUGUCAUCUCUGCUGUUCUCCAGAGUCAUAAUAGCCAAGCAAAUGUGUUAACAGUUUUUCAGUUAGUCAUCAAGACUGCCAGCCCCCCUCCCCCCCAUAUAUAUAUAUGUAUAUGAAUGUUUGGCUUAGCUGGCCUUUGCUGCUGUCAUAUACUCCAGCCCCUGUAAAGAAAUAUUUCUAAUGGAGAACCAUUUCUAAAAGACCUGUCCAGCUCUGGAAAUAUUACUGGAGGUUAAUAUUAUAAUAUCAAUCAACUCUGUUAACUUCAUGGAGCUUCUGUUUGAUCACAACUGAUGAAAAACAUCAGCGUAUACAUUGUAUUAUGGUGAAAUGAACUGUUGGGGUUAACUGAAUAAAAUCAUACUUUUGGGCGGACUGUACGUGCUUCGGAAUACACUAUAAGCAGGGCAACAUUAAGAAAUGUUUAGAUCAAAUUUUAUUAAUAGCUUGUGAACUACUGACUCAAAAUAUAAGGGUAUAACACUG